AUGUCUCUCCGCUGUGGGAAGAAGCGUAAGCUUAUAGUGGACCACGAGGCUGAGAAAAGCAUCUAUGGAAGUUUUGUUUCAGCUGCCAACGCCGUCAGCACGCUGUACUCACAGGCCGUUCAGCAGCAAAGGCGCGCCUCGGCCCAGGCGUCCAGGCAGGCGCUGGAGCGAGUAGUAACCUUCUUGCUUGCCCAAAACCCCGGCUCGGAAAUGGUGUCCAAGGCAGUUCUUCUCAAUUUCUUGCAGCAGGAGUAUGAGAGCAUUGAAGGUGGUGAGCACCUACCGCACGUCUUCCCGGCCCCGCAGUUGUCCGUCGUAGGGCCAGGUCCUCCCGCUGGCGAGCUGCAGCCGGAUCAUUCCGGGUUUACAAGCAAGGCCAUGCGUGGUGUCGGCGGGUAUUGCGGCGCCUCCGGAGUCAGCCCCUCUCGGCGGCAACACAGCGGCGGGAUGGACGGUAUGGAUGCUUCAGACGGCGCCACGCAGCCACUGGUGGAGCCGCAGCCGCCCGCACAACAGGAGCUUCAUGGGUUUGGGCCUUUCCCAAGCGGACCGGCGUUCCCGCCGCAUAUUGGGUAG